AUGGGAGUGUUCACCAUGCAAGGGCAGCCCACGGCACAGAGCCUGCCUGCUGGUCUCUACGCACAGGGGAUCCCCUGCUGCUCCAGCGUCAGAUUUGGGACGCCCCCCUUGCCCCAACCAGAGGGCAUCAGCGACACCUCAGCCCAGGGCACCUGUCCUGGUGCUGCGCUGGCUGUGUUGUGGAUCUGCCUCUCCAGGGCUGGCCUUGUAGACCCUGACCCAGGGAGCAGCUGGGCUGGCCCCACGUACAACCAGCAGCAGGCAAGGGAUUUGGGGGAACAAGUCAAGUUGCACAAGCUAAUCCCUGAAAGUGCCAGUCUGCAGGGCAACCCCGAGGUCCUCGUGCGGGUGACCAGCUGCGGCACGGCCAGCUCGGCCCAGGGAGGGAGGGGCUGGGCCGCCCCUCAGGUGUCUCGCGAGGGCGCUUGGCUGCUCCAGCAGAGGGUCUGCAUACCGUGGUCACCCUGGGCCCCCUGCUGCUGUCCGGUCCACAUCUUUAAAGGUCUCUCUGUGCUUUUCCUAAGAAGGGGACCACAACACACUCGACAGUAUCCACCGGUCGUGCCCAAGACAGGAGGAAGGGAGGCGCCCCCAAACUCCCAGGCCGCCUGCAGCACCCUCUCUGCGCCCCUCUCCGCCUCUGGGGAGCAUCCUGCCACCGCCCCCCCCCAACCCCCACGCCAGCCCGCACCUUCUCACUCUUGGCCAGGCGCUCUGGAGACGUCUGAGAGCCACGGUUUUCCUGAAGAGUCAGGAUUGGAAGGUUGGAAGGCGAUGAGGGCAUCAGGUUUUUUCUUCCCUUUUCUCCUAGCAAUUACGCCCCCGUGGCUAAAUUAAAUUCCCAUCGGCUAAAUUAGGCCCAAAGGGAGAGGCACCUGCUGCUAAGCUGUGUAUGUUGUCCCCCUAGGACUUCCAUCCAUUGCUGAGCUCCUGACGACAGCAGACGACAGGCCGCACCCUGAUCCCACCUGCUUUACAGGUGCUGUCACACAGGUACACCUUCUUGUGGAUCAUCAGUCACCAUUUGCCCCUGGCAACAACCCUGUCUUGGAGGAAGGUCCUUGGCGACACCCGCCCCUCCCCACCCUUAAGGCUCCCUUGCUCCUUCAUUCAACCAUUGUUUACAUUUCGUUCAGGACUGCUGACUAACACUUUCAAGCACAGCGGACCCUUAAACAACGCAGGUUCAAACUGUGCGGGUCCACCCACAGGGAGGUUUUUCUUUCUUUUUUUUUUUUUUGAGACGGAGUCUCCCUCUGCCCAG